AUGGGACCAGUUCGGGUGAAGCAGAGAAAUGAACAGUCACUGAGACUGGUCGAGUUGUAUCAUGACUGUUAUGCUGUGAAAGACGUAGAGAUCGCGGCCCGAAUACUGCUGGACCAAGGCCAGGAACACCGUGUUGAGACGCCUCUCGGCGUGCUGCACGUGAUGGUUCACGGCGCCGGAAACGUCCGCAGACCGGCCAUACUGACCUUCCAUGAUGUGGGAAUGGACAGUAAGAGCUGCUUCUCCACCUUGUUUAAGUUUGAGGAGAUGCAGGAGAUCGUGAAGAACUUUACUGUGGUCCAUGUGGAUGCUCCGGGACAAGAGGACGGCGCGGCCAUUUAUCCUGCCGGAUACCAGUAUGCAACUAUGGAUCAGAUCUCUGAUAUGCUUCCAGCUGUCCUGCAGUAUUUUAAUUUCCGCACAGUUAUCGGUGUUGGAGUCGGAGCUGGCGCUUACAUACUUUCCAAGUUCACUUUGAGUAACCCUGAGGCCGUGGAAGGGCUCGUUCUGAUCAAUGUCGACACAAACGCACGAGGCUGGAUGGACUGGGCUGCACAGAAGCUCUCCAAUCUGACGUCUUCCCUCACAGACCAAAUCCUGAGUCACCUCUUCAGUCAGGAAGAGCUGUCGGCAAACACAGAGCUCAUCCAGACUCACAGAGCGAGACUCUCUAAAGCGCCAAACCUCAUCAAUAUCGAACUCUUCUGGAAGAGCUACCAAGGUCGCAGAGAUCUGGACAUUGAGAGGAAUAACACGUUCAAAUGUCCUGUGAUGUUGGUGGUUGGUGAUCAGGCUCCAUAUGAGGAAGCUGCGGUGGAGUGCAACAGCAAACUAGACCCAACUACGACCUCAUUCCUUAAGAUGGCUGAUGCCGGCGGGAUGCCACAGCUGACUCAGCCCAGCAAACUGACAGAAGCGUUUAAGUACUUCAUUCAAGGCAUGGGAUACAAAUCAAGUAUUCCAGAGAACUGUGAAGAGCUGUCGGCAAACACAGAGCUCAUCCAGACUCACAGAGCGAGACUCUCUAAAGCGCCAAACCUCAUCAAUAUCGAACUCUUCUGGAAGAGCUACCAAGGUCGCAGAGAUCUGGACAUUGAGAGGAAUAACACGUUCAAAUGUCCUGUGAUGUUGGUGGUUGGUGAUCAGGCUCCAUAUGAGGAAGCUGCGGUGGAGUGCAACAGCAAACUAGACCCAACUACGACCUCAUUCCUUAAGAUGGCUGAUGCCGGCGGGAUGCCACAGCUGACUCAGCCCAGCAAACUGACAGAAGCGUUUAAGUACUUCAUUCAAGGCAUGGGAUACAUGGCGUCGUCCUGCAUGACGCGUCUCUCACGCUCGCGCACCACCUCGCUCUCGUCCUCCUACUCCAUGGAGGGCUCGCGCUCCCGAUCCCGCACGCUGUCCCAGGGCUCACAGGGCGGACAGCUCCCGCCGAGCCCGUCCCAUACCAUGGAGGUGUCGUGCUGAAGAGUGCCAGAGCGGGGGAGAGAGGUGGACGGAUGAAGCGCUGGAGUCCUCUGGGAAAGUGAGUUUCGUGCGUGAAGACGGGCGGAUGAUGACGACUCUCUCCCUCCCUUCACCCUUCACCGACCCGUCAGGCAGAUGAUAGAGCCCUUUAACUCUGUGACAUGGGCGGGGCCUUUAGUGAGACCCAAAUGUAGUGUUAACCAAUAGUAAUACUUCUAAUAUGAAUACUGAUUAUUAAUAUUAAUGAUGACGAGCAUCAUUGAAAAAAAAAUAACGAUGUUUCUCUUAAUUACAUGUUGAAUUUCUAAACAAAAAAAUAGAGAAAAGAGUAUAUAAGCUCAUUAUGUGUGUCUAUCAACUUCUAUGUGAUUAUUAUUUUUUGGUGUGCUUUUUUUCUUUCGUUUUUGUAUUUUGUAUUAUUUUCUUCUGUUAUACAAUCCUGCUGCUGUGAGAGGGGCACAGUAUUUUCGGAGACGGUGGCGAAAGUUUUAGGCCGAAGUGCUCAUCUCUGUAGAUGACAGCCACCUCAUGUCUUCCAUUUGCCCUUCAAAAAAGCUAUAUACAUAAAAGCGAGAAAUAAAAAAUACUGUAAUUGUAUUUUUUUUAUUGGAUUCGUUUGGUUUCGGGGGUUAGGGCCAUUGGGGUCGUUGCCUUUUCUGAAAUGCAUGCCGGAAUUUUGUUUAUCUAGUCAGUCUAUGUUCAUUUUUUUUUUUCUUUUAAGGAUUUUACGUUCGUUUAAUGACAGUGAGAGUGUGCGUGUGCGAGAGAACAACGAAAAAGACACAGCGGUCGUUGUUUUGAAGUCAUGUGACAUGAUAUUCACAUUUUAGGCUCUUUCUGUAAUCGGAUGUAUUUUCAUAGAAACCGGAUAAAGCCUAAAUGUUGGACGGGGUUUCAGUUUAUCUGUGGGGAAUCGAUUAAAAGUGUGUAUAUGAUGGUGAUUGGGAAUAAAAGAAAUUGAUGACGGCAGCCGUAAAGGAAAGUUGUUUCAGAGGUAGAGCGAGUUUGAUGAAAGAUUAUGAAGACUAAUAACGUGCAUCCAAGAAAUGAAUCGCUUAAAGUAAAUAAAGUCGAUUUCAAGUUGACACUCAGUUGAAAGAGAGCACAAUUAGUAAAAGAAUCGGACAAGUGCUUCCAACAUUGAGUGUGUUUACGUGUACAACGAAAUGCUGAUAACUAUUAAAAAUUAGCUCAUUGUAAAAACCCAUCUCUAGGAUUUAUUGCAAAUCAAUAAAUCAAUGAUAACGCAAGAAAAUAUGUCUGUUUACAUGAGAUUUUGACAUCCUUUUUUUCCAGUCACAAUCAAAAAUGCGCAAAAAUGUCAGCUUGCAGAAAAAAUGUAUGAAUGGAAAAUUUAGAAUUUAGGUUUAUGAACGAAAAACUAGAAAUGUAUUCGGCUUGUAUGUCGUGAAUGAGCAUUUAAACCCGGUCUCAUGAGAAAACCAUCUAUUUGCAAAUUUGAACGGUUUGAUUCGUGCGAUUUUUAGAACUUAUAAAAUUCACCAAAUUGUAAGAUACUUACAAACUGUCAUGAGAGUGUCUUGGGCAUUUACAUGAUCAGGUGUUUUAGAGGCUUUUCCAAAUAAAAGGCCGCCGUUUAAGGAAUUAUUAAUCGUUGAUGCAAAGUCACACAAGUAAACACACUCAUUCACAAGGCCAGUUCUAAAGCAAUCACCUCAACUACUAGUUUGAGAAAUAAAAUACCUGCAGGAUGGAUAAUAAUGAAUGAAUAUUGCAUUCAUUACAUUCAUACACUGCAGUGUGUCUUUUUCACCUGAGGUGGUGAUUUCGUAUGAAUUCAUAUGAUAUGAUUCGUACAUAAACAUACAAUUUAAAGAAUAGAAGUAAUCAUACAAGUCCACCUCUAAACCUAACAGUCAGUGCGUACAAAUUCAUACAAAUUAGCCACCAAUUCGCCAAAACGUAAAAUGCUUAGGCCUACGAAUUGCCAUGAGAGUGUGUUGCGAGUUUUUGGAUGUGUAGCCUACCUUAAAUUGGUGGACAUAUUUUUUAAAGUUUACUAUAUCAUUGUACAGCAGAUAUGACUAUGAUCACCAACUAGUAGCUAGGCUAAUGUGGUAUAUAACAAAGGCCAAUAGUUUUGCCACCUGAUACCAUCAAAGUGCCAUGGUACGGCCACAGUACUUUGUUGUAACCCUGCUAGUCUGCUAGAAGUGUUUGGUUGGAAACGUUGAGGGGGUCCUCAUGGUGACGGUGACGUUUGUCUUUCAAUGGGAGUUCCUCGUUUUAAGGUAACUUGAGAGCGCUAGCACUGGUUUCAAGUAAAGCCAUGGUGUGAUCUAAUGCUGAACCAUAGAGACAAAAACAGUGUGUGUGGGCAUGCCUGAGUGUGCGUGCAGUGCUUUAACCUUAAAGCACAAUAAGGGAAUUGCAUGCAAAUUUGUUCAGAAGAAUGGUGGCGCAUCAGAGCGCUUGUGUCAAAUUAACUUUGCUGAUUAACCAGCCCCUUCACUGCCAACAGGGUUUAGCCAUGUUAGUUACCCAUUAUCUCCAAGAGCUUUUCCAAUCGGCAAGCCAUUGAGAUUAGCAGGUUAGCGUAGCUGCAAUGUUUAAACUUUAAACCUAUAGAAUUUUCGAUGUAGAGUGCUCGAAAGAAUACAGAAAUCACUGAGUUUUUGCAAUAUUGCUAACACUUGCCAAUGACAACAAUAGACCAAAACCUCACAACUGCUAAUGCAGUGUAACAAUCACGUUCAGCAAAACACUGCCCUGAAAAUGACAAUAAAUCGGAAUAAUCAACAUUAAUUGGAAAGUUCCUCCAGUGUUCGUUUAUUUUAAUUUUUUUAUCCCGUUUUAGAGUUGUUUCUCUUGUUCAUGACAGAAUGUUGGUUUUAAUGGGUUGUGCAAGUGGGAAACCUGGUAUUCUUCUUCUUUCUUUCUAAUGGAAAUUUGAAUGGAAUUUUGAUAACUGCGUUCAGCGUAAAGACUGCAAGAUCAUCCCAGAUUCACAAGAGCCUUUACCAAAAAUAGAAAUAGAUCUGAAAUUUUUGCCAAAUACAUAGAGAAAUAACCAUAAUAAAGGUGAGAUUAAUGGCACAAUAAAAUAAAAAGAAUGGGGAAAGGAAUGGAUUAUGUCGUGGCGUGUGUUGGGACGGUGUGAAUGUAAAUGUGUGUCCCUUUUGUAUUUUUAACUCUCCUCAAUGAAACCCUUUUAUUUUCUGUGAAGUAGAUUUACGGCUCAAUGUCCUCAUGGGUUAGACAUCAGUGUGCUAGUUCUUGUGUAACUUUUUUAGCUUUAGCACUAAAAAAGGAAAUAAUGUAAUUAACAAAAAAAUAAUAAAAUGUUAUGAAUAACAGAAUGCAAUCAAAAUUGCAAAUAAUUGUGUGGCUAAUUUCUCUGUGUAAUACUAUGAACAACUGGAAAAAGGUAAUUAAAGGGAUCAAAAUGA